UCAUCUCUAUUAAUGUCUAUCUACCCUCUGGUGCACAGAAUUCCUAAUCACGGUAAACGUCGUCAACACCUACAAAACGCAGAAAUAUCUUUUCUUUUCUCAAAGCCCCACCCACCACAUUCUUCGUCUUCGUCUUCGUCUUCUUUAGCAUGCCAUGUGACCCCAAUUACUAAUAUCUUUUCUUUCACUCCUCAGCUUUUCACACACACACGGAUAGCAAAACAAACGUGUGCACGUACAAGAACCUCAGCCAAAUCGAAACCCUGAACAUCGCCGGAUAUCUUACCCGCAAUGUCGUCUCCAACGCUGCCUCCGGAGUCGCCUACGACAUCGGCGUCGCCGCCGGCCCCGCCUCUGGAGUCGCCUACGACGUCGGCGUCACCGGCGGCACCUCCGACUUCAAGUUCACCGGCUUUUCUGCCUUUGGCGCAGCCGCCGCCAAACGGGGGCUUGGCAACGGGGGCGCUGGUGGGGAUAGGGAUAGGAGGGUUAAUUGUGCUUGUGGGCAUGUGCAUUUUCGUCAUUUUCUAUAGGAGGAGGAAUCGGAGGAACCGACCUGAUAAUGUUGACUCCGAUGGUCCUCCACAAGGACCUAAAAAUGAUUGGCAACAAAAUGCUCCACCACCACCAAGAGAUGAUGGAGUCGCCAUGUCAAAUCCAAUUGCAAUACAAGUCUACACUCCUCCUCCACUUUCUGCCUUAAGUGCAUUUUCAUAUGAAGAAUUAUCCGUGGCAACAAAUGGUUUCUCCGGUGCCAACUUCAUCGGUGAAGGUGGUUUCGGUUAUGUUCAUAAAGGUGUCCUUCCUAAUGGGAAAGUGAUUGCAAUUAAGCAGCUGAAAUCUGGCAGUGCACAGGGGGAGCGUGAAUUCAGGGCAGAGGUUGAGGUCAUCAGUCGUGUCCAUCACAGGCACCUUGUUUCACUGGUUGGAUACUGCAUUUCUGGGGCACAGAGAAUGCUUGUUUAUGAGUUUGUCCCCAACUACACCUUGCAUUUUCAUCUACAUGGAAAGGAGAGGCCAACUAUGAAAUGGCCAACCAGAAUGAAAAUAGCUCUGGGCUCUGCAAAAGGAUUGGCAUAUCUGCAUGAGGACUGUCAGCCCAAGAUUAUUCACCGUGACAUCAAGGCAGCUAAUAUUCUUCUUGAAUAUAACUUUGAUGCGAAGGUUGCAGAUUUCGGGCUUGCCAAGUUUUCAUUAGAUACUGAUACUCAUGUCUCCACUCGGGUAAUGGGAACUUUUGGUUACUUGGCUCCAGAGUAUGCUGCAAGCGGAAAGCUCACUUGUAAGUCAGAUGUCUUCUCCUUUGGGGUUGUACUUUUGGAGUUGAUUACCGGAUGCCAACCUCUUGAUAAAACUCAAUCCUUCACUGAUGAUAGCAUGGUUGAGUGGGCAAGGCCUUUGCUCGUGCAAGCUUUAGAAAAUGGAAAUUUUGAUGCUCUCGUUGAACCGAGGUUGCAUUAUAAUUACAACUCUGGCGAAAUGGCACGAAUGGUUGCUUGUGCUGCUGCUUGCGUGCGUCAUUCAGCUCAGUAUCGGCCAAGAAUGAGCCAGAUAGUUCGAGCUUUGGAAGGAAAUCUUCCUCUAGAUGAUCUAAAUGAGGGAAUGAAACCUGGGCACAGCAAAGUAAUCGGUUCGGUUGAGGGUAGCCAGCAUAAGGAGGAUUUGAAGAAAUUUAGAAAGAUGGCACUAGAAAGCCAAGAGCAAGGCUCCAGUGAGUGCAGUGGACCUAGCAGCGAUUCUGCUCUGUUCCAAUCUGUCUCAAGUAGCGAAGGCCAAUAAACUACCCAAGAGAUGGAAUUGGGGAAACUCAAGAAUGAUGCCCAAGACUUUGGUUAAGUCUCUUGCUUUAUUUUUUCGGGUUUUCUUCUAAAUUCGCCCGCUUUUCCCCAUCUUUAAAAUUGCCUAUUUUGCAGAUUAUUAUGCCACCAUGAGAAACAAAGAACAGAACCCAACUAUUUAACGGUAGUUUUGGUUGAUUUUUGCCUAUUUUCUAAUAUAGUUAAUCUAUAAAUAGAAUCCUUUUAAUGGU